AUGCAUCAACAAACCCUUCUUGCCACUCUCUCGGCUGUGCUUGCGGCUCUGCCUGUCGCCCAGGCUGGCUUCUACACCAAAAACUCGCCUGUUCUGCAGGUGGACGCCAAAUCAUACGACCGCCUCAUCGCAAAGUCCAACCACACAUCUAUCGUCGAAUUCUACGCCCCCUGGUGCGGCCACUGCCAAAACCUCAAGCCCGCCUACGAAAAGGCCGCCAAGAACCUCGACGGCCUCGCCAAAGUCGCCGCCGUCGACUGCGACGAUGACGCCAACAAGGCCUUUUGCGGCAACAUGGGCGUCAAGGGCUUCCCCACCCUCAAGAUCGUCCGUCCCGGCAAGAAGUUUGGCCGCCCCGUCGUCGAGGACUACCAGGGCCAGCGCAGCGCGGGAGCCAUUGUCGACGCCGUCGUGGCCAAGAUCAACAACCACGUCGUCAAGCUGACGGACAAGGAGAUUGACGGCUUCCUGGACAAGGAGGAGGAGAAGCCAAAGGCCAUCCUGUUCACCGAGAAAGGAACUACGAGCGCGCUGCUUAGGAGUCUUGCCAUUGAUUUUCUCGAUGCCGUCACCGUUGGCCAGGUCAGGAACAAGGAGACUGCUACCGUCGACAAGUUCGGCAUUUCUUCAUUCCCAUCCUUCGUUCUCAUUCCCGGAGGCGGCAAGGAGCCCAUCACUUACAGCGGAGAACUCAACAAGAAGGACAUGGUCGAGUUCUUGAAGCAAGUCGCUCAGCCCAACCCCGAAACGUCUCCCUCCAGCGCCAAGCCCAACAAAAAGGCAUCGUCCAAGGACAAGGCCAGCAAGGAAGCCCCCAAGGCCGAGCAGUCCUCGGCUACCGCAUCCUCCGAGACCUCAUCCGCCGCCGCCCCUGAAUCCACCCUCAUCGACAUCCCUGCCCUCGCUUCCAAGGCCGAACUCGAAGAGCACUGCCUCCAGUCCAAGUCUCAGACAUGUGUCCUUGCGUUUGUCCCCGCGUCCGCCUCGGAGAUGCGCAACAAGAUCCUUUUGUCCGUCUCCCAGCUCCACACCAAGUACGUCCACGGAAAGCGCCACUUCCCCUUCUUCUCCGUCGACAGCGACGUCGAAGGCGCUGCCGCUCUCAAGGAAGCCCUCGGCCUCUCGAGUAAAAUCGAGCUCGUUGCCCUCAACGCCCGCCGCGGCUGGUGGAGGCGGUACGAGGAUGGCGACUUCGACGUCCACUCCGUCGAGUCCUGGAUCGACUCUGUCCGAAUGGGCGAGGGCGAGAAGAAGAAGCUUCCCCAGGGAAUUGUCGUCGAGAAGCCCGAGACUACCGAAGAAGCAAAGGCUGAGGCUGAGGCUCCUGCAGCUGAAGAGGCUGCCGAGGAGUCUGCGCACGACGAGCUCUAA